AUGGAUAAGUUUCAGCUUACCCAAGAAGCCAUUUCCAAGAUCCCAGAGUGGCGAAAGUCAUUGCGAGCUGGGGCACUGGCAGACUUUGAGAGGGUGCUGGUUGUCGCGCUGAUGACGGCUUCUGAGGAAGUCAGCAACCCCCGGAAUGAGGCUGCUCCAGCUGCCUGUGGCAUCUCAGCUUCCAUGCUCGAGACGCUAAUGGCCGGCUUGAGUCUCUUCCCUGACAAGCCAGGUCUGACACAGAUGCAUGGCAAGCUUCAGAAGUUCCUGGCUGCUGCGUCAAAGGACCUUGUCAAGGCCGACUUGGACACCAUGCUGCAGUCCUACCCUGCGAGCACAGAAGCCGAGGAUGUGAAGGCUAAGGAGCUGGACUUGCCAUUCCAGUCUGACGAGCACUCCUGGAAGAAGUUGCGCUCCUUGUCCGACUGCUUGAGCAAGUGCGCAGACGUGGCCAUGGAUGAGGAGAUGCAGGGCUUGUUCUUCCGAGCGCUAUGGUGGCAUUUCAAGUUCUGCAGCCCGUACCUGAAGUCCUUGGAUGAAAAGCAGGAAGAGCCUCCUGCUUCGCAGACCGUCCUGGCUGGCCUCAAGGUCUUGGAGAAGAUGAUUGAUCGCAUGGACGCUUCUCGUGCAGAGUCGCAGUGGUACAAGGUGGCUGCGCAGGCUGUUUCCCACAUCUUGAGCUUGAAGGAGUCGCUGUAUGAAUGGCAUCAACUCGGACCUGAUGAUCAGCAGCGGCUGAUUCGUGACAGCAGCGGUGCUCGUGCAGAGCAUGUUCUUCUUUCCGGGCAGAAGUGUCGUAGUUCCAUACUUGCCCUUGCAAAGCUUGAGCAACAGAUGGGACAGGCGACUUGGGACCCACGGAACUUCGAGCUGGCCCAGUCUCUCAACAGCGUGAUGAGGAAUGCCAAGGCCUUGAAAUCGCUCGUGCCAGCCAAGUUGCAGGCUUACAGAGCAAGAAUCGACAGUCAGAUCGAGAAGCUCUCAGCGUCUGUCAUGGGCUUGCGCACCGAGUCCCAGUCAUGGAAAAAAGGCCUUGACGAGGAUGCUCCCUUGAAAGCGAUCUUGACAGCGGGGGCCGCAACCAUCAGCAAGUUGGAUGGAGAUAAUGCGGACGCUCAGAUGGCGCAGUUGGACAAG